AUGGCACGGCCAUCUUUUGCGCCCACAAAACCGAUGAGGCCUCGAAACUGGGAAGUUUUAUGGGACAAAUACACAGCUGUGUGUGUGGACCGCGCCGAGGUCGCGAGGUCAGGGGACCGUGUGGUGCCCCUGGCUCCCUCUUCGUCCCCACCCUCGUCGGACGAUGAGGUCUCCGGCAGGGACGACUACAUUAAGGCCUUCACCGGCGACGAGCUGCCGCUUGGCGACGAGGCUGGACAGUUCCCAGACGAUGAUGAUGAUGAGGAGGAGGAGGAGGAUGAUGAUGAUGAAUACUACGAUGAUGACGAUGAUGAUGAUGAAGAGGAUGAUGAAGACGAGGUACAAGAAGAAAGUGUGAAGGAAGCAGCUGCGGACGAACCUGCGACGUCGGCCCUGCCGCUAGCGUCGCAAGCCCCGACCCUCGACCGCCAGCCGUUUGCCAGCAAGCAGUGCGGCGGCUGUCCCCUGACCCGUCCUGUGUUCCUGUGUGGAUCAGACAACCACACAUACUCAUCCAUGUGUCGUCUCCACUUCCACAACUGCAUCCAUCAAGCCAACGUACAAGUAGCGUGUAAAGGCUUCUGCCCUUGUAAAGAAGGGGGGCGCCGCUCCUCCCGCCGCAGCAGGGGGUCCCUCAUGGCGAAGGUUCGGUCGACGCAGCGCCUGCGCAGCGCUAGCGCCGGCAACAGCACCGACCGCAGCGCCGGCAACAGCGCCGACCGCAGCCCCGCGACAGCGCAGCACAAACCUGCCAACAGGAACAACAGGAAGAACAAGAAGAACAAGAAUGCCAACGACCAAACCAAAGACGAAACGCGCGCUCCCGUCAACAACAUCUGGGGACCGAAUGCCCGUAACCCCCGUAACGUAACCCCCUGUGCCGUAACAGCGCCGUCGUGGUGUAAGCGCGAGGUGUCGUGGAUGUUCGGGCACCUGGACAGCGAUGGCUCAGGAGUGCUGGACGCCAGGGACCUCUUCCAGCUGGAGCACGACGACCGCGAGCGCUGCAUCAAGCCCUUCCUCGACAGAUGUGACCUCGACAGGGACGGGCGGCUCUCAGGGCGCGAGUGGUGCAAGUGCUACGACAAGAGCGAGCGACCCUGCGCUGCUCUGCGCACCGCCAGCCAGGGACUGCUAGGCGGGUACAUCCCAGAGUGCGACAGCGAGGGCUGGUACAGGCCCGUGCAGUGCCACGGCAGCGGCAACCUCUGCUGGUGUGUGGACCGUCAUGGUGUGGAGCUGCCAUAUACCCGCACCCACACCAAGCCAAGAUGUGACGCGGUGACGUCCGGCAAAUCACCGGCGCCAGAGGGCGACGACGAGGACGACGAGGAGACCGUCAUUGAGGGCAGCGCUGACGUCGCCCUCGAUAUUUAAUGCGUCAUUAGCCUCGUCAACACGUCACCAUGUCUGUCGCCAGCUUCGUCAGCCUCGUAAACACGUCGUCAGCCUCGUCAAUACGUUAUCAGCCUCGUCAACACGUCACCAUGUCUGUCGCCAGCUUCGUCAGCCUCGUCAACACGUCGUCAGCCUCGUCAAUACGUUAUCAGCCUCGUCAACACGUCGUCAGCCUCGUCAACACGUCGUCAGCCUCGUCAACACGUCGCCAGCCUCGUCAGCACGUCACCACGUCUGUCGCCAGCCUCGUCAACACGUCGCCAUGCGGGGCAAUGUAAAUGUAUGGCUAUAAACAUGAACAUACGCCUGACGAUAAGGGCAGGAGCUGUGAAAUUCGAAGAGUUGAUUUGAAAUUCGAAGCGAUUGUGAAAUUCGAAGAGAUGGCGAAAUUUGAACAGCAAACCAUGAUCUGAACAACAUUGUUGUUGAGAAGCAACCUUAAAUCGUUGAACAGACACCAUGAAUUUUGAUAGAGCAAACACGGAUGGUUUCAAGUUCAAGAAAAAACUGUUGAAUGGCAAAGAUUAGAAAUGGCGGAUGAUGGUUGCCGUGAUGACGGAUGAUGAUUUCUUAUCGUGAUGACAGAUGAUUGUUGGCAACCGUAAUGGCGGAUGAUGGUUUCUAAUCGUGAUGAUGGAUGAUGGUUGGCAACCGUAAUGGCGGAUGAUGGUUUCUUAUCGUGAUGACGGUUGAUGGUUUCUAAUCGUGAUGACGGAUAAUGGUUUUUUAUCGUGAUGACGGAUGAUGGUUUCUUAUCGUGAUGACGGUUGAUGGUUUCUAAUCGUGAUGACGGAUAAUGGUUUUUUAUCGUGAUGACGGUUGAUGGUUUUUUUUCGUGAUGACGGUUGAUGGUUGGCAACCGUGAUGGCGGAUGAUGGUUUCUAAUCGUGAUGGCGGAUGAUGGUUGGCAGCCGUGAUGACGGAUGAUGGUUUCUUAUCGUGAUGACGGAUGAUGGUUUCUUAUCGUGUUGACGGAUAAUUGUUUCUUAUCGUGAUGACGGAUGAUGGUUUCUAAUCGUGAUGACGGAUGAUGGUUGACGGCCGCGAUGACGGAUGGCUAUUAGUUUUACUGUAGGCACAUUUGUUCGCAUGCGCGUCUAUUAUUCUUGGCGUUAUGAUAAUGCACGUGUUAGACAACUUGGACGAUGUUAAAUUCAACCUUAAUUAUGAAGGUUGCGGAGCCCAAAAUUCAAAAACAAACAAAUUAAGAAUAUAAUAGCAAAGUAAAUGGCAAGCGAGUUCACUGGGACCGUGUCAGUGUCAACGGUCGCAAAUUAUCAGAUGGUAACAAAGUUCAUAACUAAUCUGAAUAUACUGUAGAUCCGUUCACAAAUCGUUUCAAUCAAGAUUCCAGUAAAAAAUUCUCAAGCCAGACCAAAUUUUGUUCCCAUGACAUUUACUUUGCUUUCGAAUUCUUGGCAACUUCAACCUCCAUCCGAGCGCUCGAGAAUGGUCAAAUACCCGAAAAUUUUCAAUUCAUCCUUGCGGUGAUCAUAGGUUUAAAUUUUGCAUAUUUAUUGUAUUUAUUGCAUAUGACUUGAAACCUCAUGAGUUCAUAAGGUAACAACGCGUAUAUAGUGAGCUAUAGUAUAUACUCGUCUAUUCGAUUUUAUAGUGAGCGAUUAGCCUAAAUUGAUUAAAAGGUCGUAAGUUCUUACCAUCGAAGUCCCAAGGUUGCAAUGGAAAAUUCUCCACCGAAGUCCAGAUGAGAUUAUUUAGACUAAUAACAAUGAACGUAUGUUGAUUUUAAGUUCGAAGUCCUACUCAACGUGGAUUGCAUGAGGUAUAAUGAAUGUUUAUGUUGCAGUGCAUGUUGGUUCCGCGAUAACAUUAAUGAGCUUAGUCAACAUGAACAUGAGUGAUGUAAUAUAGUCGCGCUGUGUAACCUUGCAUUCCAUAGUGAUACAUUCCGUCUAUUUACUUGUUUUUAUGGCAUCAGGGGAAUGUAAAAACUCUUUGCCAUUAUCUUAUUAACAUGAAUCAUGUUGAAUAUGUUUGUGGGUGCCCGCAUAGGUGCCGCCACGAGCUGCUUUAAAAAUAAAAUUACUUACUUAACUUAAUAAAAUUACUUUUUGGUGAAACCCAACACGUUUAAAUGCUUUGACUUGUUCAAAGAAAUCUUUGCGAUAACAACUGUUUGGUUAUCUGAUGCUUGACUCCCAUAGCCUUCGUAUACGGUUACGUUAACAUCAACGCUGUUCCAAAUAAUUGACAUAAAUAGGAAAGUUGUACAUUGUAUAAUGUACACGCAGUGCUUACACUGUGUGCUUAGGAAGGUACUUAACUUCAUUUAUUCCUUCUAAUGAUUUUGACUACUUUAUAUUAGCUGCUCUCAAGUUUACACAUCAGACAUAUUCAUGCGUGCUCUUUGAUUUAUUGAAAU